UGUGCGAAAGUAGGUGCGCGGUAUUAAUUUUGUUUAUAAUUUUAAAUUCAAAUCUGAAACUCGAUCAAGUGGCUAAAAAAUAUUAAUUAGUGUGUAAAAUUAUGUGAACGAAUUUAUUUCUGAGCUUUUAAGUUCAUUGUUAUCGUUGAGUGAAUUCAAGUGAGCCCAAUCAGGCAGAGACGGUGGGAUGUGCCUCGAGCGCAGCCCUGCAGAGUUGUGCAGCGCCCCAGUUGGAUCGAACGAUUGCGUAGUCGCGACGAGGGACCGUAGCCUCUGGGCUUUGUUCGCCGUAAUUUUAAAAUGGCGUUCGUGGCGUGAAUUAUCAAGUGAACGAGGAAUUCGCAACUGUCAUUUGCUGAGGAAUUAACUCUAAAAAGAAAAAUAUUUUACCGUAGUACAAUACACAAGAUGGAUGAUUCCUUUAUUAUAGCUAAUUUCCAUGCGCUCUGCCGCCUUUGCCUGAGCAAAAGUAGUCUUACCACCUCAAUCUUCAGUACUGCUCCUGAUGAUGAAACAAAUAUAUCUCUAACCUCGAAAAUCGCUGAAUGCUUCGAACUACAGAUGGACCCUAAUGAUGGUCUUCCUGCCAGGAUUUGCUACAAAUGUUUGUUUAAACUGAAUAAAUGUUCCAAAUUCAGAUCACAGUGUAUUCAAAGUGAAGCUAGAUUAAGACAGAUAACAAGCAGUGUAAAUGAGUUGGAAAACUCAAAUUCAUCUGAGCUCAGUCCUUUUAAUUAUGCCAAUAUGCAAGAAUCCCAAAAACCCAAACCGGAAGAUUAUAUUGUUGAGGACAGUGUUGUAAUGGUUGUAGAUCCUAGUCUUGAUUAUGACUCUUCGGAAGAGUCUGAAAAUGUUGAUCAAGCUGAAGUUGAAACAAUAGAACGAAACAAUACACCAGACGGAGAAGCAAAUCCAGACUCAUUUUACAAGAAUGUUUUUAUGUGUAAGUACUGUGACCAAGCUUUUAUUUCACAGGAAAAAUGUAAAGAACAUGAACAUGGCUUCCAUGAUCCCAACCUUCCUUACAAAUGUGUUGAAUGCAGUUUAGUGUUCGCUGAACGUAGUCAGUAUGUUGCACACACUAAGCAUGUGCAUGGAAGUGACAAACCGUACCACUGUCAAGAAUGUGAGAAAUGUUUUGGUCGCAGGUCUGAUUUACGUAAACAUUCAAUAGUACACACAGGUGUUAGACCUUUUCAAUGCCAUUAUUGCUUAAAGAGUUUUUCUCGUAAUACAAAUUUGAGUAAACAUCUGAGAAUCCAUGCAGGACACAAACCCCACGUGUGCCCUCUGUGUCCUCGUAGUUUUGUAGCAAAUGGAGACCUACAGCGUCAUGUUCUAGUUCAUUCUGGAAUGAAGCCAUAUGCCUGCCGGAAGUGUCCGCUGACAUUUGGUAGACGAGAUAAGCUUAUUAAGCAUGAAGUCAAACAUGGCCCUGUUAGUCCCGAGCAUAAAGACUAUGAUAAUGAACAAGAAACACAUGACAUGGUUGUUAAUGUAAACCCAUUUAAUAAUUUAAUGACGUCACCUACACAACUUAACUCUAGCAACACAAAUGCUAAUAGUGAUUAUGAUUUGCCUAGAGUGCCAGAUCACAUUGCUGGUGAAGGAAGCUUUAUAAGCCAAAUGCAAAAGAAUCCAUCCACUUCAGGGAAACCAGUGCAAAAUUCUCCCCCUAAACAAAAAAUAACUCCAAGCAAAAACAGACCCAAAAAUAUUAAAUGUCACCAAUGCCCUAAAAGAUUUGCUUCAUUAGAUGCUUACAAAACUCAUGUGUCUAUAGCACAUAAUAUUGGUUCAAGAGUGUUCCAAUGUAAGAUAUGUUUCAAAAAGUUCUCUAGAAAAAGAGAACUCGACCGUCAUGUUACAAUACACUCUGAGAAACCAUUUAGUUGCAGUCAGUGUGAUAAAAAGUUUGUUCGAAAAGACAAACUAGAUAAACAUGAACAGAUGCAUGAAUGCUUGGUAAUGAAUAUGCCUUGUAUAGAAUGUGGCGCCACGUUUGAAAAGAAAGCUGACCUAGUAGCCCACAUUAAAUCCCACUUUACUGAUAAUUUUGAUGAAAAAAUCCCAGACACUGAAAUAAAAAAGGAGAAUGAGCCAGAUUUCCCUAUGGAUGACAAUUUUUAUGACUUAGAGACCUGAGAUUUAAGACUAGACAUUGAAAAAGUGUCUUAGAAAUUACUCUUUAAUUAAUAUAUUAUUAUGUACAUAUUUUAUGGUUGAAAUGUAAACUUACGUUUUCAUCGCUUGUUAUAGUUUAACCAGUAUUUAAAAUUAUUGUAAUCUUGUUAAAUAGUAUAAUAAGCACCUUUCUCAUCAUGUACUUAUAGAAUUUUAAAACGUUUGGAUGCACAAUACCAUGUGCUCUUAAAUAUUAGGACUUCUUAAAUUUGGAGUGUCUGUACUCUUAAAAAUAAAAUCCUUAUUAUAUAUUAUAGUUUAAUGUAGUUUUGUUUUUUUUUUUUAAAGAAAAAUUCUUACUAUCGUGGUAAUUUGGUAUUUCGCUUUGGCAUUAUGCUGUUUAGCAUUUUGCAUUUUUGGUGUUGUGCAAUUAAAUGUUUUAAAACACUAGAAAACUAGUUUUAGUGUAAGUGUGGAUAUUUCACUAUAAUGAAACACUAAAAUUACAAUUAUAAUAAACAAGU